AUCACCAAAAGAAUUACAAAAAAACCAUACGCCAGAUGUACAGCCACAUAAAGGAGCAAAACGCCCGGGUGGGCGAUAAUGUGAGCCUGAACGCCAGGUACUCGAGGCUGGUGAUCGUCAACAAGCACCUGGACAAAGAGCAAUGGAAGCACAGGUUUGUGGCCACGGGACAGAGGCACGCGGAGAUCACGAAGGAGCAAGCAAACUCCUCCAUCGCUGUUGAUGACCUCUUCAAGCCCUGCCCCGAUGGCUGGACCCCCAAGGUUGUCCUGCUCCUGGGAGCUGCGGGUGUGGGCAAGACCAUGACAGCCUGGAAGAUCAUGCUGGACUGGGCCUCUGACAAGGCGUUUGCAGAGUUUGACUACGUCUUCUACAUCCACUGCCGGGAGGGCAACCUCCUCACCAGCCAGGCCAGCAUGGCCGAUCUCAUCACCCAGUGCUGUCCCGGCAGCUCUCUCUUGGUCGCCAAGAUCAUGAAGAAGCCAGAGAGGCUCCUGUUCGUGAUCGAUGGCUUCGACGAGCUCCCGUUUUCCUUCAACCAGCCUAAGACCGAGCUGUGCUCCCAGCUCUACGAAAAGAGUCCAGUGGAAAUCACCCUGAGCAGCCUCCUCCACAGGAAGUUACUGCCUGAGAGCUCUCUGCUCAUCACCAUGAGGCCAGCUGCCCUGCAGAAACUGCAAAAGUGCUUGAAGGGUGAGCGCUACGCCGAAAUCCUGGGCUUUUCAGAGGUGGAGAGGAAGGAGUAUUUCUAUAAGUUUUUUGAAAACACCGAGCAGGCCACCACCGCCUUCCAAUUCGUCAGAGGCAAUGAGCCGCUCUUCACCAUGUGUCUGGUGCCCAUCGUGUGCUGGAUCGUCUGCACCGUCGUGAAGCAGCAGCUCAGCUGCACCAGCAGGCUCACCCGAAGCCUGAAGACGACAACGGGGGUCUACAUCCUCUACCUUUCCUCCCUGCUCCACAAUCUGAGCGACCGACUGAAGCCAGGCAUGCCCAGGAUGCUCAGGAGGCUGUGCUGCCUGGCAGCUGACGGCAUUUGGAAGCAGAAGGUCCUCUUUGAGGAGAAGGAGGUGCAGGGCUAUGCGUUGGACCAGAAAGAAGCCCUCUCACUCCUCCUCAAUGAGCAUCAGUUCCAGGAGGACUUUUGCAUCAGCACCUACAGCUUCAGCCACCUCAGCUUCCAGGAGUUUUUUGCGGCGCUCUUCUACCUGCUGGAAGACGAUGGGGAGUUGCAGAACCCCCCCAGCGGUCCCAGCAGGGAUGUGAAGAAGCUGCUGGACAGCUACAGCUACUCCAAGAACUACUUCAUGCUAACAGUGCGGUUCCUCUUCGGGCUCUUAAACGAAGAAUGCAGGAGGAAGCUGGAGGAGCUGGGGCUUAAAAUCGCACCAAGAAUUAGGCAGGAAUUAAUGACAUGGCUUCAAACCAGGCAGAAAACGCCCCUAGCUCUUCUGAUGGAGCAGACAACAGUGAUCCGCGAGCUGGAGGUCUGCCACUGUCUGUAUGAGCUCCAGGAUGAGCAUUCUGUGAUGACCGCCUUGGAUUCUUUCAAUGGGUUGUACCUACGAGGGCUCAACCUAAACCGCUUCGACCAGCUGGUCCUCUCCUUCAGUGUAAAAAACUUCCUCAAGCUGGAGUCUCUCGACCUGGGGCACUGUUCCUUUCUGUGGGAUGACCCCGAGGACAAUGUGAGCCCGCAGCCGGCCAAGCAGCCCUAUCGGUUUAUCCAGUGCCAGCUCACGGCCGCUUGCUGCGGAGCUCUGGCCCCUGUUCUCAGCACAAACCCCAACCUGACGGAGCUGGUCCUGGAUGGGAAUGAAGAGCUGAGGGAUGGCGGCGUGAAGCUGCUGUGCCAGGGGCUGAGGCACGGCGCCUGCCAGCUGCAGAUCCUGCGGUUGGGCUGCUGCAACCUGACAGCCACCGGAUGCAAGGACCUCGCCACCAUGCUGGGCAGCAUGGCCAGCCUGGAGGAUCUGGACCUGAGUGACAACCCCUUGGAGGACAGCGGCGUGUGGGAGCUGUGCAGGGCGCUGGCGAGACCCGGCUGCAAUGUGAAAAAGCUCUGGCUGUGGCAGUGCCGGCUGACGGAGGCGAGCUGCAGGGCUCUUGCUGAAGUGCUCCCUGUCAGCCCCAACCUGAUGGAGCUGCACCUGGGGGACAACGAUCUGGGGGAUGGCGGAGUGUGGCAACUGAGCCAGGGUCUGCGGGAUCCUGCCUGCCGGCUACAGACACUGAGGCUGGGGCGGUGCCGGCUGACGGAGGCGAGCUGCAGGGCUCUUGCUGGAGUGCUCCCUGUCAGCCCCAACCUGAUGGAGCUGCACCUGGGGGACAACGAUCUGGGGGAUGGCGGCGUGCGGCAACUGAGCCAGGGCCUGCAGGAUCCCGCUUGCAAGCUGCAGACACUGAGCCUGUGGCAGUGCCGGCUCACUGGCGCCUGCUGCAAGGACCUCUGCGCCACGCUGUGCACCAGCCGGAGCUUGGAGCAUCUGGACCUGAGUGAGAACAACCUGGGCGAUGGCGCCGUGCAGCUGCUGUGCGAGACCCUGGGGCAUCCCGCCUGUGUCUUGCGGCAGCUCGGUAAGGGACCUUCGACUCCUCUGGCCACAGAGCUGCUCCCC